CACUUCUUCACUUCUUUCCCUCACUGCGCAUCUUCCUCAGUGAAGGCGCUCUUCUUCCUCUUCCUCCACCAGCUUUUUCAGAUUCCCUUCCUCGUUGACCGUCAACCUGUCAAAUUAUCUGCCGAACGCAUUUCUCGACUUCUCCAACAAAUGGCCGAACCUACAGACCCUCAGGAACUCGCCGUCGUUCAAGCCCGAGAAGCAUACACUGUCGCCAGCGCUGCCUUGGAAGGACUCGAGGAAGUAUCGCCCAACGCUACUUGGUCAUCGUCUCGCGUUGACGACUGGUUAAUAAAUGCUGCGGACGAAUGGACAAUCUAUAACGAUAACUUGUUGUUGGCGGGGGUUCCACUCAGGAAGUGGUAUAAACUCGCGAGGAGUUUCUUGCAGGCUGUCGCCGCUAUUCCCAUCGAGAAGGUUGACGAGGCCAGAAGAGAGUACAACAUCCUGGCUCGCGAAGCAGCUCAGUAUGAGUUCGACGUGAUUCUAAUGCCAAUGAAACACGUGGUUACUCCCAUUACCGCGCCUUCCAAGUCACCCGUUCUCUCUAGACAAGUUUCCGUGGCACUGCCUGCGCCUUCGACCUCCAAAGUCGCCGUCCCACAGCCGAUUCCAAUAAUUCAGAAACCCGUGGUUAGGCCGUCAACCAUGGCACCAUUGCCUUCAUCUCCAAUUCACGCGGUGACUCCGACGUCUCCGCUCCAUGUCCGGGGUAAGGGGUCCUUAAAAACCGUGGUGGCUACUUCUGUGGUCCAGCGGAAGCCUCCAUCCACGUUUAGAACCGUCAAUGCUGCCUCUCGUCCUCAAGUGAUCCCCGGGCCAAGCACUAUUCCGGACGAAGAUGACGAAGAAGAGGACGAGAGUGACGACGAGAUUAAGAGUAUUGGUAACAUCGAGGACGACCGUGCCCCUAGCUCCUUUCCUACCAAAAUUGCUGGCCGUUUACGAAUUCCGACAGUUAUGGUGUCUCCCCGCCGUUCAACACGCCCUCACAAUCCUUCUCCCAUGAAGGCCAUCCCUCAGGUGUUGACCUCAAAGAAGGUCAAGAGGUCUACCAAGGAAGCACCCAUGCCUGGCCCUACCGAAAUUGGCAAAGGCAAAGCGAAGGAGAUGGGUUUUCGCAAGCACCCACACGACGAGGUGGAGGAUGGGGUUGGCCAAGCGUCGUCCUCAAAGAAAACCAAGAUUCAAGCUGACACGGCCGUCGAAGGAGAUACCAUUCGGGUCACUAAAGCUGUGAGGGCUCGUGGUCCUGGGCCUUCCAAACUGCUGGUGAACUUGGACGUCAGCAAUGGCGGAUUUGGUGAGGUCGUGCCCUCAUCUGCCAGGCCUGUCGAUAAUGGCAUCACCUCUAUCGGUGUCGUCAAAGUCGAAGCAGAUUUCGGCGAGUUCGUCCAAGUUGACAACCGGUACUGGCACAAGGAGGUCGCCGCCUUUAUCGGAGAACGCUAUUCAAAGCCCUGUGACCAGUGCAAGAGACGUCGCACGCAAUGCCGCAAGUUGUUGACCUACACAGUCAUCUGCGCUCGUUGCCACUAUGCAAAGCGCCCUUGCACCAUCGAUGGAGAGGUCAGUCUCAAUCCAGUGGACUAUUAUCGUCCUUCUGGUGCCACCUCUUCCAAUACUUUUGAGGGGGUUAUCGCAGCCAUUGAACAGAACAAUAACACCAUUGACUCAGUGAUCCAGCAAUACUUGUCUGGCCUCAGUGUUCUAUCUUAUACUGAUAAUGUUCGAGCCCAGCUAUCAUGCCUUCGUGAAUGUCUCUCUCCUGGCGACGGCGAGGACAAGGGUGAGGACAAUGACAUACGUUCAGAGGGAAGCGACGACUAGGGCAGAGACAGCUGAUUUGGCUGGGAGCACCGCUCCGUUUGUAAUUUUGAACAAUUUUUAUACACCAAUUAUCGUGCGCCUUCGGGAAAAAUUUAUAUUGCUGCCUGUACAUCGCUCCACAGAGGGCAU